AUGUCUGUUUUUGAGCGUUCACGUGAAUACUGUCUCGAUGCCUUUCUCCAAUCCGUGCCCGCUUUCAUCAUAGCUGCAAAUUCAUCAUUGAUGGGAUUGGUAGAAGGAUUAACUGACCUUAUCUGUGUCGACAUCUUGAAUAAUGGCGUUAAUUACUUCCUCGCUCGUUUCCUCUGCCUCGUCAGCAAAUGCAUCUCUGAGCUCUUCGAUUUCUAUGUAUCCACUCUUGUUUUUAUCGAAGAAAUCAAAGGCUUUCUUGAGAUGCUCGUCAUUUCCCAUCUUCUUCAGGUGUACAGAGAUCGCAACAAACUCACCACAGUCGAGAUAUCCAUCUUUAUCCACGUCACCCUGUGA